AUGGGCUCGCCGACAAAAAAAGAUCCAGCAGCACUUGAGCGCAUUGAACUCCACACAACCCAACUGCCAGCGCGUGCCGCAAGCCCGCAACGCGGCACGAACCGCCCUCCAAAUCCCGGAUUCCCCAGGGGCCCAUCCGCGAAAAGACCCCACAGCCGGGAGGGAGGAGCCCAUCCCAUCCCCCACCGCCGCGCCCAAACCAAUCACGCCCCUCGGCGGCGGGCGGCGCCGGCCAUGGCGGACGCCGUCAAGCAGCCGCUCCUCCACCACCAGCCCUACGCGUACCCGUCGCACGCCGCGUCGGCCUCGUCCCCCGCGCUCCCCUCCGUGCCCCACUCCGGGACCGGCACCGGCGCCGGCACCCCGGGGGGCGGGGCCGCCUCCUUCGCCGGGGGCCGCCGCUUCCCGGGCGGCCUCGACGUGCCCAACCUCAAGAAGCGCGGCGGCGGCACGCGCAGCUGGAUCCGCGUCGAGGCCGCCACGGCCUCCGUGCAGACGCUCGAGGUCGACAAGGCCACCAUGAUGCGCCGCUGCGAGCUCCCCGCCCGCGACCUCCGCCUCCUCGACCCGCUCUUCGUCUACCCCUCCACCGUCCUCGGCCGCGAGCGCGCCAUCGUCGUCAACCUCGAGCAGAUCCGCUGCGUCAUCACCGCCGACGAGGUGCUCCUCCUCAACUCCCUCGACAGCUACGUCUUCCAGUAUGCCGCCGAGCUGCAGCGCCGCCUCCUCCAGCGCGCCGAGGGCGACGAGCUCCCCUUCGAGUUCCGCGCCCUCGAGCUCGCCCUCGAGGCCGCCUGCUCCUUCCUCGACGCCCAGGCAGCAGAAUUGGAAAUUGAAGCAUAUCCCUUACUGGACGAGCUAACAUCGAAAAUUAGUACUCUAAAUCUGGAACGCGUUCGGCGGCUAAAAAGUAGACUAGUCGCUCUGACCAGAAGAGUUCAGAAGGUCAGGGAUGAAAUAGAACAACUAAUGGAUGAUGAUGGAGAUAUGGCUGAGAUGUAUCUUACCGAGAAAAAGAUGAGGAUGGAAUCAUCAUCUGUGUUUGGUGAUCAGUCAUUGGCAACCUUCAACGCGGCAGCCGCUGGGACUUCAGUUUCAGCUCCUGUGUCUCCAGUCUCUUCACCCACAGAAUCACGGAAGUUGGAGAAAACCUACAGCUUGUGUAGAAGUAGACAUGAUAGUGUAAAGAGCUCAGAUAACUCAGUGACUGAACAUAUUGAGGAGCUUGAAAUGUUACUGGAAGCAUAUUUUGUAGUCAUCGACAGCACUCUUAACAAGCUGACCUCGCUGAAGGAGUAUAUUGAUGACACCGAAGAUUUUAUCAACAUUCAGCUGGACAACGUCCGGAAUCAGCUGAUCCAGUUUGAGCUUCUGCUAACAACUGCAACAUUUGUCGUCGCCAUUUUCGGAGUGGUCGCGGGGGUAUUCGGGAUGAACUUCGAGACCGACGUUUUCAGCAUCCAGAAUGCAUUCCAGUGGGUGCUGAUCAUUACUGGAGUGGUUGGCGCUUUCAUCUUCUGCUUCUUCGUCUGGUUCUUCAAGUACAAGAGACUGAUGCCCCUGUAGAUAUAAGCUCCCCCAUUAUGCGGACUCAACCUUCUAUUCUGUGUCAAGGUACUUGAUCAAAAAGCUCUGAAUCCAUGUAAAUCAACAUUCUUUCAGAGGCUUGCCGUGUACCUAUUACAAAUUCAAAUGAAACAUAUUUCUUUUCCCUUA